UACUAAUGCCCCCACUGCUGUGUAUUAUUUGUUUAAUAUCCCAUACCCUGUAAGUAAUCUUUCUUCACUUGUAUCUAUAACCGUGAAAUCUCUUCACGCAAGCUUAUCAUUUUCUUUUAAAAUUUUCAGAGGAAUUUUAUUAUACUUCCUCAAUUUGUUUAAAGGGAAAUAUUAUGCAAAACUAUUUUUAAAGGAGACGUUGAAUUGAUGACUCCCGCGAUUAAAUUCUACGCAAAACAAGAACAUUUUUCAAAUGAAUCAGUCACCAAAUAUCGAUUAAAGUGUUAUAUAUCAGACCAUAACAUAUAGGAGAGAAUUUUGAUUGUUAUCAUACUGGUAAUCCUAUAUAUUUCAUUUAUUGAAAAGUGCAUAAAUUGAUAAUAUUUCUCUUCUCCUUUUUGUCGCCUUUGAAACAAAACAUGGAUAUGCAUUUAUGUCCAUGAUGUUUCAUGAAUUCAAUUCAAUUAAGUUAAUACAUUUUCCACCGCGAAAUGGUAGUUUGACUACAGGAUGGAAAAGAAGAUGCCUCCUCCUGCCUACGCAGCCCAUCCGCCAGAGUAUGGGCACCCGUCGACUCAAUAUGGGCAGCCCCCACCAGUGGUGACCGCGCCCCAGCCUGCGUAUCAUCACUACCCUCAGCCAAACAACAACAUGACCAUGAACAACACAGUGGUUGUGGCUACGAUGGGACCGGCCGUCGGCGGUGGGACCAGGCCGACAGUGCAGUCUACAACCACCACACACACCAGCUCGACCUAUGGCGGAAGCCACACCGAAACGAGGACGACCUACUACUAAAGCAAUCUGUUUGCUAGACAUCGUCAUUUGUGGUCAUCAUCCCAUACAGAUUUCUAAAACAGCUUCAUGAUCAGAUGAUAAUUAUGUGAAAAUAUACUGCAGAAAUGUGAUUAAAUAGAUAAAUCUGUUUACUAAUGGAUGUUAAUGCAUGCAUGCUUCUCUACAAAAACACACGGCAUCGUUUAACGAAACCUUCAUAAGUACAAGUUCGUCGAUUUCUCAUCAGAACGCGAAUACAAUUUAAUACUCGCAUUUCAAUGAGUUGUAGGUGAACUUGUACUAGUGAUGGCUUCAUAAAACACUGCUCUGGUUAUCAACUAUUUGAUUCACCUGCUGUGUUUUACGACUCAGCGUAUAAUGACAUCUCUAUGGAUGGCAUUUGCUUUGCAUAUAAUUGUUGUUGCUAUGUCUGACAAGCCUCUGACAAGCUUUUUAUUUGUCAAAAGAAACUUUUGGUUAAAAAAAGAAUGCAUAAAAUGAAUAAAGAUGUUUAUUUCAUUAUAUAUCCAUAUUCUACAUGUAUUUGCUGUCUUAACUCGGUACUCAAUUUAGUUUCCCAUUAUUUGUUCAUUCUAACUGAGUACGAUGCGUACGACGUAUUUGAAGAAAAAAAAAACCCCAUAAAAUUCGAGUUGGCAUGAAUGAAGGAACAUUUCGUAUAUAGGGGUUGUGUAUAUUUUUUUGAAUAAAAAAACUCCCGCCGAAAAAAUAAUGACCACAAAGUGACCACGAAACAAAUUUCUUCGGAUUUUUAGUUCUGCACAUGCCAAUUAGAUUUGUUAAUAUUAUUAAUACAUAUAGGCCUAAUAUAUGUAAAUAUUGUGUGCUGCUACCGAAAAGUUAUUUUUUUACAAGAAAAUGAAUGUUACUUCUAUCAGAUAAUCUAACAAGUCUUGACUUUCCUGAGACAUAAUGUUACAACAAACCACUGUGUAUUUGCCAUGUGCUUGUCUCAUACUUUACUUGUUAAAAUGUCCAACCAAAAUAAAAGCUAAGCUUGCGUGGAUAAGAAAGUAAUUAUCAUUAGAUGUGAGUGUAUUACAAUCUUAUCAAAAUGUAUUACUUAUAUUAUAUUGUUAUUAUUUUAACAAUAUACAUAUAGGGUGAAAAAUUGAAAAUGAAUUCAUAUGAAGGCUGAAACUAAUGGUGUAUAAGCGGAGUAGUUUGAAGUUUUCUUUGUAACAAGUCAUGUACAAAGUGUGUUUUGCGGCACUAUUCUGUCCGUGUUUGUGAAUAUGAAAAUUGGACUUCUGUUUCAACAUUAUCUUCGAUAUUUUGCACACGAUGGUUUUAUAAUAUUAUUGUGUUUUCAUUCCGUCCACAAUGGCAGAUAAAUAUUUCGUCUUGCACAGCACUAUAAACAGUCGGAUGACAAAUUUCUACCCUUGUCAUAUACUUGUAGAGGUUGAAUGGACACGGGAAUAUGCUGUAAUGGGAAAACGUGACGUGAGGGCAGGUUUCUUUUUAUGAAUGGUUUCACGUACCGAUAAAGAAGAAGUAAACACAAAUUGAGAAUGAGAAGAAGAAGAUGAUGAUGAUGAAACCUAGAGGUGGACAGAAAAUAAACGAAAUACAGAAAAGAAGAUCAUUAUGAAGAAUAAAAACGAGUAUUUGACAACAUUGACAGGGCUAUGAAGAGGCUAGCGAACGCACUUUAAAGGGAUCGCAUAUGAAAGGUGUAGACUAAUAAUGGUACUAAGAAGAAGGUAUGCAUCAAGUAUUCAUCAAGUAUUCAUCAAGUUAGUAUUAAUAAUGAGUUAUGUAAUUGUUGUGCAUUGUCAUGAUUGUGUACCUUUAGUAUUAUACGCAUGGUUCAUCUCCGUCACGAUUUACGAACUUGAUUUGUUCAACUUUCAUACUAAUUAUAUUUCAUUCCUUCAGUUUAUUGUAAAAAAA